AUGCCUUCACUACCUUUUUGGCCCACGCCGUCCGAUGCUCCCGGCGGAUGCUCGUGUAAUCUGGGCAAUGUGACUCGACAGGAGACUCUCAUCUCGUCCCAUCUUGCCGAAUGUCGCAAGAAUCAGACCAAUCUGGAUCAAUUCCAUUCGCAAGAGGAGUUGGCCAACUACGACCGAGCCUGUGUCUGCUGUGCAGAGAGUGCCAUUUUAUCUACAAUAUGGAACACCUGCCCAAACACCAUUCCAUCCGAAAUCGGAGCCGACUACUGGUACGACUCCUUCUUGAAACCCAAUCACUGGGACGAAUGUGCCUCGUACCUCGAGACGCACGAUUGUGCCCAUGAACUGGGCUAUUCCGCCGAAAGUGCAGGAGGCACCAACACCUUUUACAAACCGGGGAAACUCCCCCAAAAUGGGACCCAAUCGCUCUUCAACACCGGGCAAACCCUCAGUACACCUGCUAGUGGUGCAAGCUUCACCUGGACCGAUGGAUCUCUCAUCCAUGCUAUCACGGCAGCUUCUUUUCGAGAGUCGGUCCCGGCGACGACCACUGGCUUGGAGGGGCAGACUUUGAUUGGCUCUGCAAUGAUUGCAUCGGCGACGCGUACGGGGGGAGGGAUUCAAUACGGUAGGAAUACUGGACCUUUGUGGGCUGGAAUAGGGGUUGUUGAAAUAAUUGUCUGGGUGAUUCUGUGA